AUCCAUUUUUGGUUGGUGGAGUUGAACACUAAAAACCAUUGCUUUGGAUGAACAAUUAUUGCAUGGGCAGGUUCCAAUUGAAGCCAUGAUGAUUAGCUUAGUUCCACAUAUUUUUAAAGACUGUUACAAAGGUUGAAUUUCCCACGUAAUGGUUUGUACAACUCACACAACUAUACAAAAACCGCCAAAUCUUUGUUUCCAUGCGCAGGAAAACAACAUAACGUGUGGUGUGUGGUCUCGGGGAAACCAAACUCUGAACAAUUCUAAAAAUCAAAGCAACCCAACUAUUGCCUGAGCCAUCGAGCCUUCAAAAAUACUAAGCUCAUUGUGUGUGUGAGAGAGAAAAGGGGCAUGGAAAGUGGGGUUGUGGCUGUGAAUAACAGUAACUAUGAAUCCAAAGCAACUUCCACCAUUACCAUAAAGGGUAUUCUGAGUCUUCUAAUGGAGAGCAUUGAUGAGAAUUGUUGUGAUGGUGAUGGCAAAAGAGUUAUUUCUUUGGGUAUGGGAGACCCAACUCUCACUACUUGCUUCCAUGCUUCCACUGUUGUUGAAGAAGCUGUUGCUGAUACUCUUAAAUCUCACAAGUUUCAUGGCUAUGCCCCCACUGCCGGUCUACUUCAAGCCAGAAUUGCAAUUGCUGAAUAUCUGUCUGGUGACCUACCUUACCAGCUAUCAUCUGAUGAUGUUUUCAUCACUUGUGGAUGCACACAAGCCAUUGACGUUUCGGUGGCGAUGUUGGCACGCCCUGGUGCAAACAUUUUGCUUCCAAGACCAGGCUUCCCAAUCUAUGAACUUUGUGCGGCAUUUAGAGGAGUUGAAGUGAGGCAUUAUGAUCUGCUGCCACAGAAAGAUUGGGAGGUUGAUCUAGAUGCUGUUGAAGCUCUUGCAGAUCAGAACACAGUUGCACUGGUGAUUAUAAACCCAGGGAAUCCAUGUGGGAAUGUGUACAGUUACCAUCAUUUAGAGAAGAUUGCUGAAACUGCAAAGCGGCUAGGAACAAUUGUGAUUUCUGAUGAAGUAUAUGGUCACCUUGCUUUUGGGGCCAAUCCUUUUGUGCCAAUGGGAGUUUUUGGCUCUAUUGUUCCUGUUCUCACUCUUGGGUCACUGUCUAAGAGAUGGAUAGUACCUGGAUGGAGGCUUGGUUGGUUUGUGACAAAUGAUCCAUGUGGCACUUUUAGAAAACCAAAGGUAGUUGAGCGCAUUAAAAAGUAUUUUGAUCUUUUGGGAGGUCCAGCCACCUUCAUUCAGGCGGCUGUUCCUCGGAUAAUUGCACAUACAGAGGAGGUUUUCUUCAAGAAAACCAUUGAUAAUUUGAGGCAUACCGCAGAUAUAUGUUGUAAAGAGAUACAAGAUAUUCCAUGCAUUUUUUGCCCUUACAAACCAGAAGGGUCCAUGGCUAUGAUGGUGAAACUUAACCUUUCACUUCUGGAAGAUAUUAGCGAUGAUAUUGAUUUCUGUUUCAAACUUGCAAAGGAGGAAGCUGUUAUCAUUCUUCCAGGAACUGCGGUGGGGCUAAAAGAUUGGCUUCGUAUCACUUUUGCUGCUGAUCCAUCUGCUCUUAGAGAGGGUAUGAGAAGGAUAAAAGCAUUUUAUCAAAGACAUGCCAGAAGAUUAUAAAAACAAUAGUGAAUCCACAAAUAAAAUGUUUACUAUACAUGUGCCCCUUGAUUCUGUCUCUUGCAAAAAAAAAAAAAAAGAAAAAAGGAAGAAGAAGAAAAGAAAAUGGAAUCACAGAUUAACUUGUAUUUCAAUACAGCAUACACUCAUUAAAAAUGAACUAUAAAGUUGGACAUUGCAAAUUAUAGAGCCAAUCCUCUUUAUAGUGUAGCGUUAUCUUUAUUCAUAAAUGAUAUCAACAUUAAG